AAGGCAUCCAGAACUCAGAGAUGCCUCUUUUCCUUUUCUCUAUGAUGAUGAAGACCCCAGAAGCAGCUGAACUCUGCUUCCCACAACUCCUUAACAAUUCCUGCAGGAAACCUUUGCCACCUCAGUCUGAUGCCCUGCUUGCUUAUAUCCUGCUGUCCUUCAUCUCUCUGCUCACUGUGACUCUCAACCUUCUGGUCAUCAUCUCCAUCUCCCACUUCAGGCAACUACACAACCCAACCAACCUCCUCAUCCUCUCUCUGGCUGUCUCAGACUUUCUCGUUGGGCUCCUGCUGAUGCCGGUUGAAAUCCUUCUUACAGAGGCCUGCUGGUUCUUUGGUGACCACAUGUGUGCUCUGUACUAUAUAGUAGAGUUUAUCAUUACCUCCUCUUCAGUUGGAAAUAUGGUGCUCAUAUCGAUUGAUCGUUAUCUGGCUAUCUGUGAUCCUCUACAAUACACCAACAAAGUUACUCUGGACAGAACAAAAAUAUGUGUUUGUCUGUGUUGGAUCUGCUCUGUUCUCUAUAACAGUCUGAUUUUAAAUAACUUUCUGAGACAACCUGAUGGACAGAAUUCCUGCUAUGGAGAGUGUGUAGUUAUCCUCAACAAUAUCACAGGAGCUGUUGACUUUGUCUUUACCUUUAUAAGCCCAAUUAGUGUCAUUAUAUUUCUAUAUGUGAGAGUAUUUGUGGUGGCUGUGUCUCAGGCUCGCACUAUGAGGUCUCACAUUGCAACUGUCGCACUCCAACGUUCAGUGAAAGUAACUGCUAAAAAAUCUGAGAUGAAAGCAGCCAGGACUCUUGGUGUUGUAGUAGUUGUGUUUCUUAUAUGUAUCUGUCCAUAUUACUCUCCAAUCUUUGUAGGACAGGAUAUUGAAGACAGCAGUUCAUCCUCACCUUUUGCAAUCUGGUUGUUUUAUUUUAACUCCUGUCUAAACCCUGUGAUCUAUGCCUUUUUCUACCCCUGGUUCAGAAAAUCUAUUAAAUUCAUUGUUACACUUCAGAUACUGCAGCCUGACUCCUGUAAUGUUAGAAUAAUGUAGAGAAAGACACAGGAGUAACUUCAGUAGAACUUUCUGGGAAGAUGGGAAUAGUUUGCUUUGUUAGCUGAAGUAAAUGUCUAAUGCCUUAUUUUAAAAUCUUCAUUAAUCAUUUCCCUAUCAGACAAUCAAUUAAUCACGUCAAUUUUACAACAUUACAACAUUUGAAACUAUCACCCACCAUCUGGGGCAGAGUGGAUAUAAAAUUGGAAAAAAGGACUUUCGACUCCGACCAGCUCACAAAACCCACGU